UCCCAGGGUCUCUAUGAUAACUUCCUGUCUAUGCGUGUGAAGGACCCCGGUCUUGGCAGAGUGUGUCAGGCUCUGGAUUGGUUGGGCUUCUCAGACGGGUUGACCCAGGCCAUGCUGCAAGGACAAAACUUCUCUCUGCUGCGAUACCAGCCCUUCCUCCCCGCAGCUUUCCACUUCCUAUUUGCUCACACACACGUCCCCCGCAUCAACUACCCCCACAGCCAGUACGAGGCUCUAACUAAGACCUCAGCCAGCAGGAACGCUCUGGCGGCCAUGUUGUCUGAAGUCCCAGCAUGCAUCAGGACUAGAGUCAGUGAGCUUAGUCUCAGUCUGGACAUCCUUUCUCUCCUGCUGGAUAUCAUCUGUCCUAAACUACGACCUGUGAACCCCCAACUGUUCAGCGACAGAGAGAAACACACACACACACUCUAA